AUGAUACUGGUAUUUUUUCUAAACAGGCUGACAAUUCAUAUGGAUGAAGAACUUCGUGCCUUGGCUUUCAAUACUCUACAAGCGUUAAUGCUUGAUUUUCCAGAUUGGCGGGAGGAUGUUCUUUCAGGAUUUGUAUAUUUUAUUGUGCGAGAAGUGACUGAUGUCCACCCAACGCUUCUUGACAAUGCAGUCAAAAUGUUAGUGCAGCUCAUAAAUCAGUGGAAACAAGCAGCCCAAAUGCACAAUAAAAACCAAGAUUCUCAGCGUGGUGUAUCCAAUGGGGCCGCCCAUACCCUUCCUCUGGAGAGGACCCUUUAUUCCAGUGUGUUUCACGUGGUAGAAGGCUUCGCUUUGGUCAUUCUCUGCAGCACAAGGCCUGCCACCAGGAGAUUAGCUGUCAGCGUUCUCAGAGAAAUAAGGGCCUUGUUCACACUUCUAGAAAUUUCAAAGAGUGAUGAUGAGUUGGCUAUAGAUGUAAUGGACAGACUAAGUGCUACUAUCCUGGAGAGUUUCAUACAUCUUACUGGAGCUGACCAGACUACUUUACUGUACUGUCCCAGUUCAAUAGAUUUACAGUCUCUGGCUGACUGGAAUUCUUCCCCCAUCAGCCACCAGUUUGAUGUGGUCAGUCCGUCACAUAUAUGGAUAUUUGCACAUGUGACUCAAGGCCAAGAUCCAUGGAUUAUAAGCCUCUCAAGUUUUAUGAAACAGGAAAAUCUUCCAAAACACUGCCCAACAGCUGUAAGCUAUGCUUGGACAUUUGCUUAUACCAGACUCCAGCUGCUGUCUCCACAAGUGGAUAUAAACAGCCCUAUCAAUGCAAAGAAAGUGAAUACUACUACAAGCAGUGACUCCUAUAUUGGGCUCUGGAGAAACUAUCUGAUUCUUUGCUGCAGUGCAGCAUCUUCUUCCAACUCCUCCACCUCCACAGGCUCUGUGAGAUGUUCCCCUCCUGAGACGCUGGCGUCUACUCCUGACAGUGGUUAUAGCAUUGAUUCAAGAAUCAUUGGCAUUCCAUCCCCUUCCUCCCUGUUUAAGCACAUAGUUCCAAUGAUGCGCUCUGAGAGCAUGGAAAUUACAGAAUCCCUUGUUCUGGGACUUGGCAGGACCAACCCAGGAGCUUUUAGGGAACUAAUAGAAGAAUUACAUCCUAUAAUUAAGGAAGCACUUGAAAGAAGGCCAGAGAACAUGAAACGACGCAGGCGUCGAGAUAUUUUACGAGUACAACUAGUACGAAUAUUUGAACUGCUGGCAGAUGCUGGUGUCAUUAGUCACAGUGCAAGUGGUGGCCUUGAUAAUGAAACUCAUUCCCUCAACAACACUUUACUUGAGUAUGUUGAUUUAACAAGACAGCUUCUAGAAGCAGAAAAUGAAAAGGAUUCUGAUACAUUGAAAGAUAUCCGAUGCCAUUUUAGUGCCUUAGUGGCAAAUAUCAUUCAAAAUGUUCCAGUACACCAGAGAAGAAGUGUCUUUCCACAGCAGAGUCUACGCCACAGUCUGUUUAUGUUGUUCAGUCAUUGGGCAGGUCCUUUUAGUAUCAUGUUUACUCCCCUGGACAGAUACAGUGAUAGGAACAUGCGAAUAAACAGACACCAAUACUGUGCAUUAAAGGCCAUGUCUGCUGUACUGUGUUGUGGCCCUGUUGCAGAUAACGUCGGGCUCUCAUCUGACGGCUAUUUGUACAAAUGGCUGGAUAAUAUUUUGGAUUCACAAGAUCAAAAGGUUCACCAGCUAGGCUGCGAGGCAGUCAUGCUGCUCUUGGAACUCAACCCUGACCAGAGUAACCUCAUGUACUGGGCCGUAGACCGGUGUUACACAGGUUCCAAGCGGGUGGCAGCUGGCUGCUUUAAAGCUAUAGCCAGUGUGUUCCAAAACAGGGAUUACCAGUGUGAUACAGUGACCCUCCUGAAUCUGAUACUGUUUAAAGCAGCUGAUUCUACUAGGGCUAUCUAUGAAGUUGCUAUGCAACUAUUACAGAUCUUGGAACCAAAGAUGUUCCGUUACGCUCACAAACUGGAGGUUCAGAGGACGGAUGGGAUUUUGGGUCAGCCUUCUCCUUUACCACAUCUGUAUUCUGUGUCCUAUUAUCAACUGUCAGAAGAAUUAGCAAGGACUUAUCCUGAACUAACACUUGCUAUCUUCUCAGAAGUCAGUCAGAGAAUCCAAACAGCCCACCCCGCUGGGAGACAGGUGAUGCUGCAUUACCUGCUGCCAUGGAUGAACAAUAUUGAGUUGGUGGACUUGAAACCUUUGCCAACCAUUCGUCGGCAAGACGAAGAUGAAGAAGAUUCUUUGAAAGACAGAGAAAUAAUGGUGAACAGUAGACGAUGGCUACGAGGAGAAGGCUGGGGGUCACCUCAGGCUACAGCUAUGGUUCUGAACAACCUGAUGUAUAUGACUGCAAAGUAUGGUGAUGAAGUGGCUUUGUUAGAGAUAGAAAAUGUCUGGACUACUUUGGCAGACAGCUGGCCAAAGAAUCUGAAAAUAAUUUUGCACUUCUUGAUCAGUAUCUGUGGAGUGAACAGUGAACCCAGCCUUUUGCCUUAUGUAAAGAAAGUUAUUGUUUAUUUGGGUAGAGAUAAAACAAUGCAACUCCUAGAAGAGCUGGUGAGUGAACUUCAGCUUACAGAUCCUGUCAGUUCAGGAGUCACCCAUAUGGAUAAUCCACCAUAUUACCGCAUUACUUCCAGUUACAAAAUCCCCUCAGUCACUUCAGGUACCACUUCUAGUAGCAAUACAAUGGUAGCUCCCACAGAUGGCAACCCUGAGAGUAAACAUAUAAAAGACAAUAUUGAAGAGAAUUAUGCACACCUAGACAUCUACAGUGGGUUGAACAGUAACUUAAACCGCCAGCACCACAGACUAGAGUCUCGCUACAGCAGCAGCUCUGGAGGUUCUUAUGAAGAGGAAAAAAGUGAUUCAAUGCCUCUGUAUUCAAACUGGCGGUUGAAAGUGAUGGAGCACAAUCAAGGAGAGCCUCUACCUUUUCCACCCAGUGGAGGUUGCUGGUCACCGUUGGUUGAUUACUUGCCUGAAACUUCUCCUCCGGGCAUGUCUCUUCAUAGAUGCAACAUAGCAGUGAUCCUUCUGACUGACUUGAUAGUUGACCACAGUGUAAAGGUGGAAUGGGGAGGAUAUUUGCAUCUUUUGCUUCAUGCAAUUUUUAUAGGCUUUGACCACUGUCACCCUGAAGUGUAUGAGCAUUGUAAACGACUGCUUUUGCAUCUACUGAUAGCGAUGGGAUCUGGCAGUAACACCCAGUCUGUUGCUUCUGUCCUACUCAGAAACAGAGAGUUCAAUGAGGCCAGGGUGCUCACUGUCAAGCAAACUACCCAUUUAGAUUAUACUUUCACAGGUGUUCAUGAUUUUAUACCUGAUUACCAGCCCUCCCCAAUGACAGACUCAGGGCUUAGUUCAAGUUCUACCUCUUCUAGCAUCAGUUUAGGAAAUACAAGCGCUGGCAUUUCUCAUCUGCACACCACAAUCCUCAAUGAGGUUGACAUUUCUGUAGAACAGGACGAAAAAGUGAAAACUCUAAUAGAAUUUAUUACCUCAAGGAAAAGAGGCCCACUUUGGAAUCAUGAAGAUGUUUCAGCCAGGAACCCUAAUAUAAAGAGUGCUGAACAAUUAACUGUGUUUUUAAAGCAUGUGGUAUCUAUAUUUAAACAAUCUAGCUCAGGAGGAUUUCAGUUGGAACGCCGUCUCAGUGAAGUUGCUUUGCAAACUGCGCUUUCAUGUUCCUCUCGACAUUAUGCUGGGAGGUCCUUUCAGAUCUUCAGGGCUCUGAAGCAGCCUCUUACUGCAUCUACACUUUCCGAUGUUCUCUCCAGACUUGUAGAAACUGUUGGAGAUGCAGGAGAAGAAGCUCAGGGUUUUGUCAUAGAACUUCUUCUGACCUUAGAAUCUGCAAUUGAUACAUUGGCUGAAACCAUGAAGCAUUAUGAUUUGCUUUCUGCCCUUUCUCAAACCUCAUACCAUGAUUCUGUAAUGGGAAACAAGUAUGCAGCUAACAGGAAAAGCACUGGACAGAUAAAUCUAAGCACAAGCCCCAUUAGUAGCGGCAGUUGUUUGGGAUACUACAGCAAUACAAGGAGUAAUUCUUUGAGACUGAAUUUCAUCAGCGAGCGGAGAGGCGACCGUCGGCGGAGCAACACACUGGAUAUAAUGGAUGGAAGGAUAAAUCAUGGUGGAAGUUUGGCCAGGACUCGAAGCCUUUCCUCCCUGCGAGAGGGAGGGAUGUAUGAUGUGCAGCCCACUACUGACCCUGUCAACUUGAUGGCCACCAUUUUUUGGAUUGCAGCUUCGUUGCUAGAGUCAGAUUAUGAGUAUGAAUACCUUUUGGCUCUCAAGCUGCUCAACAAGCUUCUUAUUCACUUGCCUCUGGAUAAAUCGGAGAGCCGGGAAAAGAUAGAAAAGGUGCAGAAUAAACUGAAAUGGAAUAAUUUUCCAGGCCUUCAGCAGCUUUUCCUAAAAGGCUUUACUUCAGCAUCCACGCAAGAAAUGACAGUUCAUCUCCUCAGUAAACUCAUCACAAUUUCCAGGCAUGCUUUGGUGGAUCCUUCUCAGUUAGCAGGAUUUCCCCUAAACAUCUUGUGCCUGCUUCCUCAUCUGAUCCAACAUUUUGAUAAUCCAACUCAGUUUUGUAAAGAAACAGCUGACAGGAUAGCAAAGGUUUGUGCAGAGGAGAAAUCACCAACUCUGGCCAAUCUGGCUCAUAUGAUGAGUUUGUACAGUACACACAGUUAUUCCAGAGACUGUUCUAACUGGAUUAACGUAGUGUGUAGAUACUUGCAUGACUCUUUCUCAGAUGCCACAUUUAACCUCGUAACUUAUCUUGCAGAGCUGUUAGAGAAAGGGUUAUCCAGUAUGCAACAGUCCUUGCUGCAGAUCAUUUACAGUCUUCUGAGUCAUAUUGACCUAUCCACAGCACCAGUGAAGCAGUUCAAUUUGGAAAUCAUAAAAGUUAUUGGUAAAUAUGUUCAGAGUCCGUACUGGAAGGAAGCCCUUAAUAUUUUGAAACUGGUGGUGUCUCGGUCAGCAAGCCUUGUUGUACCUAAUGAUAUUCCCAAGUCGUACGGAGGUGACAUAGGUUCUCCUGAAAUCUCUUUCACGAAAAUUUUUAAUAAUGUCUCCAAGGAGCUACCUGGGAAGACCUUAGAUUUUCAUUUUGAUAUAUCAGAGACACCAAUUAUUGGGAAUAAGUAUGGUGAUCAACACAGCGCAGCUGGUAGAAAUGGGAAGCCAAAAGUCAUUGCUGUCACCCGGAGCACUUCUUCAACUUCAUCAGGCUCCAAUUCAAAUGCAUUGGUUCCUGUCAGCUGGAAGAGACCACAGCUGUCUCAGAGAAGAACUAGGGAGAAGUUAAUGAACGUACUUUCUCUGUGUGGUCCAGAAUCUGGUCUUCCCAAGAAUCCUUCAGUUGUGUUUUCUUCUAGUGAAGACUUGGAAGUUGGAGAUCAGCAAACUAGUCUUAUUUCAGCAACAGAAGAAGUGAUUCAAGAGGAGGAAGUGGCUGUAGAAGACAACACUAGUGAACAACAGUUUGGAGUUUUUAAAGACUUUGACUUUUUAGAUGUUGAAUUGGAGGAUGCAGAGGGUGAAAGCAUGGACAACUUCAACUGGGGCGUUCGUAGGCGCUCCCUUGACAGCAUUGACAAAGGAGACACACCAUCUCUUCAAGAAUGUCAGUACUCUGGUAGCACACCCAGCUUGAACUUGACCAACCAGGAAGACACUGAUGAGUCUUCAGAAGAAGAAGCAGCCCUGACUGCAAGUCAGAUACUAUCUCGUUCGCAGAUGUUAAACAGUGAUUCUGCAAUAGAUGAAACAAUAUCGGAUCAUGCUGGUUUAUCACUUCAGUCUCAAGAUUCCACUAGCAGUGUGGGAACAGAAGAGGUGCUUCAAAUCAGAACUGAGACCCCAAGUUUGGAGGCUUCUCUAGAUAACUCUAGCAACCAGCUGCCUGAGGAAGGCAGUUCAGCAGUGAGGGAUGAACAAGUUAGCACUGCUAGUGAAGACAAUGGGUCGUAUCUUCUACAAGAGCAACAAGACUGCCUGGUCUGUCAUGAGUCUCUUGAGUUGGAAGAGACCCCAGAACUGGCAGAGGCAGCAGCUCCUGAGAGCUAUUCUGAAUCGAUCUGUGAAGAGGAUGUCACUCUUGCUUUGAAGGAGUUGGAUGAGAGAUGUGAAGAAGAAGAAGCUGACUUCUCUGGUUUGUCUAG